GAGAGAGAGAGAGAGAGAGAGAAGUCAAAACUAAAGAAAAAGGUAGAGAGAAGUGAUUGGAACAAUCCCCACAGCACGUAAUGCAAUUACGCAACACAAUCUUUCAGCUCCGAAUAUAAAAUCUCCAACUGCAGUCGAAUUCGUUUAACGGGCAAAUAUAAUUCUUCAAACUGCAAUCUCUCAUUCACCGACAGAAUCCAAAUACUGUAAUUAAUGAAAAAUAGUUGAAAUUGAGCUCGGCUCCGAAUGGCCGAUCCUGCGGUAACCAGCAUCUCGCCGGAAGAGGAUGAUCAGAAAUCGAAAAACGAUGAAAUAAUUGGGAAAGGAGAUACAGAUUCAGAUCCAGAGUUCUUCAGUUGUUUGCUUCAGCCUUCGCCUUCAGAUUCCGAUCCCAAUUACAUCGGAAUCCGCCGCAUCCUCCUGUACCGCAAGGCGCAGGCCGGCGUUCUCCGCCGCAAGGAAUGGAGAUGUAAUGGAAAAGGUUACGUUUCAUACCGCAAUUACAUCAACAGGCCUAGGAAUUGGGAGAGUGCACAGACACCAAGCCGAUCAAGCACUCCUGGACACAGUGGACGAUGGGCACCAUCUACAAGUCCACUCUCCCCUCCAUUCUUUGAGGCAGACAGCUGGAGUACUAACAGAGAUAUAAAAAGUUUUAGCCGAACACUGAGCCACAGCACAAGUUUCAGUUCUAAUGCCAGUGAUAUCGAGUACCCACGUAAAAAGAGUGAACCUGCAUAUUCCUUUGUAGGGAUGCACUGCAUUUUAGACCAAUGCAAGGCUAUGGUUACGGUUAUAAAGUUUGGCCACAUGAGUUCGGAUCUACUUGCUUAUGGAGCAACAGAUGGAAGCUUGACCGUGUGCACUGUCUCUACUCCACCAUCGAUUCCGAAGGUGUUUACAGGGCACACAAAAGACGUCACAGAUUUCGACUUCUCAACAAACAAUCAGUACAUUGCAUCUGCCUCAGUUGAUAAGACGGUACGAGUAUGGGAUAUCUCCAAAGGCGUUUGCAUGAGGGUGAUUUAUGGAGUCUCUUCACAACUUUGUAUUCGUUUUCAUCCUGUUAACAACAAUUUUCUUUCAGUAGGAAAUGCAAAUAAAGAGAUAAUGGUGUUCAAUUUCAGUACUGGAAGAACAAUAAACAAGUCAACAUUUGACAGUGAGGUAACUGCCAUGGACCUUGACCACACCGGUCAACUUAUUUUCUGUGGUGAUGCUCAGGGAUGUAUAUACACAGUUACUAUGAACUCACAUACUGGUGCUUUAUCUCGUACUCACCGACAUCGAAGCAAAGCUAAGCACAAAUCUCCAGUCACUACUGUACAGUACAGAACCUUCUCUCUGCUGGCACGGGGUCCAGUACUGCUCACCUUUUGUCGAGAUGGAAGUUUGUCUUUCUUCAGCGUCUCUUUGGAGGUACAAGGUUAUUUGACAGUUCGUUGCGCACUGAAAUUGGCGCCACGUUUGCAUAGCAUCCGUGCAUCAUUUUGCCCUUUGCUUUCCCUUGAGAAAGGAGAAUACAUAGUUGCUGGGAGCGAGGAUGCAAAUGUCUAUUUCUACGAUUUAACACGGCCGAGGCAUACAUGUGUGAACAAGCUGCAGGGUCACAGCUACCCAGUUAUAGGCAUUGCUUGGAACCAUGGAGAGAACUUUUUGGCUUCUUCCGAUUUUGGUGGUACUGUCAUUGUAUGGAAGAGAGCAAAGUCAAAUUAAAAGCAGUUAUUCGAUGACUUAACCGUGUAAAUGGAUUCUGGAGUACCGAAAUUUAUUUUCUGUUACUGAAAAAUGAAGUCUAACUGCAGAAGAUGAAGCCUCUUAACUAGUCAUGUCACUGUAUACUAAAAGUCUCAAACUCCAAGGAAAACAAAGUGUACUUAGGAAGACAAUUUGUGUAGACAUUCGUACUUGAUCCAAAAUAAGUAUAGAAAUAUUGAAUAUAGAUUUAUUUGUUUGUUUUAUGUUACACUCGGUGAAUUCAUCGGGCAAGAUUACACGUGUAUGUAACAUCCCACUAUGCACACAUCCUAAUGUGUAUGCCACUGCCAA